AUGCUCCUCAUUCUGCUCAAUUUUUUCUCUUUAUUUCUAUUGUUUACUUUCACAUCAUCCUUAUUUCUUUCUUUCUUUCUAUCUUUCAUUCUUUCUUUCUUUCUUUCUUUCUUUCUUUUAAAUGCUUUCUCUAGUGACACUUUCUGUGAUUCUGGACCCUUUGUUUGUUUGUUUGUUUGUUUGUUUGUUUGUUUGUUUGUUUCUUUCUUUCUUUCUUUUAUUUUUUCUUUCUUUCUUAUAAAACGAAUUAAUUGUUUCUUCCUUCUUUCCAGCCUUCCUUUCUUUCUUUCUUUCUUUCUUUCUUUCUUUCUUUCUUUCUUUCUUUCUUUCUUAUGCCCAAAUAUAGAUGAAUAUAAAGAACAAAUAUAUAAUAUUCAAAAAAAACGCUUUGACCAGUUAAUGUCCACAUUAAAAUUCGGUAUUAAUUCUUUCUUUUUGUAUUUCUUUCUUUCUUUCUUUUUUUUUUAA